CAGCCAUAACAAUCUACAUCACAUGUACGAGAUCAAAUGUGAGCACGGUGACGUACGUGACUUACGUGACAUGGGCGGCAGACCUUGAAGUAUUUGUCCUUUACAUUUUCUUUGUACUUUUCUUUUUCCAUACAGGUCUUAAAUUGAGGGUGACAGACGACAACAAAAAUCCAAACUUAUCACCAACGCUCCAGGCUAUCUUCGAAAAUUCAACGCAGUUUUAUCCCGUCAUUCCGGGGGGAGUACUAACGACCGUCGGAAGAGCCGUAACAUUACUUCUUCUAAGACGGCAGAGAGGCGAAGACGGGCCAUCAUCAACAAUGGGUUUCCGAACCGCCGUGCUACUGCUGACUUUGGGUUUGCUGGCAUCAGCGCAAACCUCUGCCUUGGGAACAACUUUUUCCUCAACAGAAGCCAGUACAAAUGCAGAUGACAGUGAAAAAAUAAAGAACGUCUGCCCCACAGUUUUCUGCGGUGCUGGACGGGAAUGCACGGUGCUUGAUGACGGCUCACCAACAUGCGUGUGUAAGAAAGCAUGCGAACCACACCAUCACCCCGUCUGUGGAACAAACGACGUCACAUAUGAAAACCAUUGCGAAAUGCACCGUGCUGCAUGCGUGCAAGGAGUCAAAAUAUCCAAGAACCAUGAUGGAGCGUGUAAAACAAAAGUAAAAGAAGAAGCUGCCACUGAGAAAGAUGAGAGUUCUCUUGAAGAAAAGCCACUGGUUUGUUACCAGUUAGAGAGAGACUCCCUGAGACAGCUGCUUAUUGACUGGUUUAAAACUAAAGUGGAAGAUGAAGGGUGGUUCUACAAAGGCAAGAACUACACAGAGGUCCUCAUUGAGAAUUUUCAUGCAUGUGAUAAAAACCGAAACAACAAGCUGAGUGCCGUUGAAUUCCUUGAAUGUGUGGAGAGAAACGAUACAGUUCGUAACCAUGGCAAAGGUGCUGCUGGUGGAAGCCAUGCACACAUCAUCAGGGGUUUGUGCGUUGAUGCUCUGAUCAUCAUGUCAGACGAGGAUUCCGACUGGCAGUUGGAUCUGGAGGAGUUCCGCCAGUGUAUGGAUCCUGUGUACAGCCCCCCUACCAAAAAAUGUUCCCUUGAAGACAAAAUGUACAUUGAUGGUGCAGAAGUAAAUGUUGACUGUAACAUUUGUGUCUGUGCCUGUGGGAACUGGGUGUGCACUGCCUCCAGUUGUAAGACAGAUCUCAAGAAGAUAGCAGGCAGCUAUGAUCACCAUAGUGACCAGUUGCCAUCUGCUGAGGAGAGGAAGGCCAUAUUGGAAGGUUUCCAGGCCACGGAUGACGUGGAUCUGUCCAGACUGGAGGAGGAAAUCAACCGUCACCUGGACGCAGUGUCUGACGAGGAUGACUUCGGGCCAGUCCCAGACGCACACCUUGGGCGUGAUUCCCACCCUGAGGAUGUGGAGGAGUUUGUGGCUAACGUGAACACCCAGGAACAGACCACACCUGCUCCCACGAAGCAAGCACAUGAGCGCAAUAACCACCACCACAAGAGAAAGCAUCACCGCAAACACUAGGAUGGGUUUCAUCUUGGCAGAUGGGGCCAUCUAGGGAUGAGAGCAAAUAAUUCUCUGUACUGUACUUCCAAGAUGCAGCUG